GUUUAUUUGAGAUGCACCUUGAGGAAGUGUAACGAUCCUGAAGGCGCAUGAUCGUCCUAGAGUACCAGAUAAUACACGUAACUUUCACCAAGUUAUGAUGCUGUACGCAAUAAUUCAGAAUUUGCAAUUCUUUUUCUACGCUAAAGGAGCUGGAGCCACAAGUGAAAAGCGCUUUUGGUCCGACACCUUCGUCAGCUUGUCAAGUUAUCUCACGGUCGAUUUUUACGUCACAAACAAAACAGACGCGAUAGGGCUGCAAUCAAUCAUGCCACGCCUACUGUUCCAGAGGCAUCCGGCUAACGCGCACCAUAUCGGCGGACCCGUCCCCUUCCUCAACCCGACGAAAGCAUAUGUAGAAACAGAAAAAGGCAUCGUUCAGACUACGGCCAGCUCCACAGAUGAAAGCGCCAAGCCGGGCAACAAUGGGACGGCCAGUGGAAAGGCCGACGCUGUGCCGGGCGUAUACUACCAUUUGUGGAGGUCACGCGACAACCGCAAGGGCCGCCAUGCUGUGAUAGUGCGACCAGACGAUCAAACGGACAAGCAUAACGCCGUAUCGCACCCAGAUGCAUCGAAGUCGAUUAAGGAAGUCCUGCGCGGGCUUGGCAAGAUGCUCGUGAGAUACCCUUUCUGGGAUGUGAGCUACGAUGUUGCCGUGCUAUUUACUAUUGGGUCCAUUGUAUGGGUGUUCAAUGGCUUUUUCGUCUGGCUUCCCUUGUAUGCCCCUUCCACAGAGUUUAGUGGCGAGGUGGACUUAGGUGGUGGCAUUACAGCGUUCAUCGGUGCGACAAUCUUCGAGAUCGGUUCCGUGCUACUCAUGUUUGAGGCUGUGAAUGAAAAUCGAACGCAAUGCUUCGGCUGGGCGCUCGAGGAGGUUUUGGAGAGCCGAGGAACCGUAAGACUUCAUCCGGACCCUGAUGGAUGCACCCAUCAUCACUCGGAAAAGAGGUCGUUAAUCGCGCGUCAAGUUGCUGGAGGCAACACCGAUAGAGAAUGGGAAUGGUGUCCCACGUGGGAGGAAUUGAACACUCAUUAUCUCCAUGAAAUCGGUUUCCUGGCUUGUCUGUCCCAGUUCACAGGGGCCACAAUAUUCUGGAUUGCGGGCCUCACAGGCCUCCCGCCCAUCUAUGCCAACCUGUCUAUACCUGCGGCAAACGGGGUUUACUGGCUACCCCAAGUGGUUGGCGGUACCGGUUUUAUCAUCUCUGGCUACCUUUUCAUGUUGGAGACGCAGCCGAACUGGUGGAGGCCCGCGUUCGGGACUCUUGGGUGGCAUAUCGGUUUCUGGAAUCUUCUCGGAGCCAUAGGCUUCACUCUUUGUGGCGCCUUGGGCUUUGCGAGCGGAAACGAAACAGCUGCUUAUGCUUCUACUCUGUUUACCUAUAUCGGGUCCUGGGCCUUCUUGCUUGGAAGUGUCAUACAAUGGUAUGAGAGUCUGGACAAAUUCCCCAUUGCUGUGAAAAAAGGAAAAUUUGGAAAAGCUGGCAAUCUAGAAGAGAAGUCGUAAGGCAGAAGCAGUCCAAAAUCUAGCGCUUUGAUCGUCUGUUUUCAAUUUAGCUGGGCCCCUCGGCAAGAUUCAGAAUAAAACAUAAUUACCAAAUAUCCAGUCCCCCACAGGUUCUCUACUUCGCAGAGACCAAUAGAAGUGCAGUACAGUUCAGUUGGGCUUGAAACAUGUAGGUGCCUUCACGAAUACCAGUCACAAGUUGUUAACUGCAAAAAAAAAAAAAAAAAAAAAAA